AUGGAUACACUUAAGAAAUUAAAGGAAAAGAAAUUGCUUAAUAAAAAUUUUAAUAGAAAAAUAUUUGGGCCAAAUAAUUCACCAAUAUAUUAUUCUCCGCCUUCGUCUCCAUAUUUUUCAAUCCCUCAACUCCCAAUAUUCCUUUACAUCCUCCUCCUCAAUUACAUUCAUAUUUAAUUCCUCCACAUCCAGUUCCUCCACAAUUGCCACCACAACCAGCCCUUUAUAUACUUCCAAUCCCACCAUCUCCUCCUCAUCUCCCAAAUUCUUAAAUAAUCCCUCCUCCACCACCACCUAUUUUAUGAAUUUAAAUGAUACUUGUGUUAUCGUUCAACUUUUUUUGUGGAGCUUUUUAAUUAUUUUAUUUUU